CCUUUAUUAAAAGUUUCAUACAUUUGUUUCAUUUUCUACUCUAAGAAUUCUUUGCAAUACUUCAACCAGACUCAACCACAUUUCCUCAUAAGGUAAAUCCAUCUGUAGAAACAAACAGCUAGAGCUGAACGGCUUUUGAAAUUUAUAUAGAUACAAACUUGAAAGGUAGUAAGAGUUCGUUCCAGAAGUGAAACUUUGUCUUUCUUACUCAGGUGGUUGGAGAAAAAAUUUCGUCGUCGAGUUUUCUAUCUGUUGAUUGUGGAUUCAUUCGUAACUCAUAGACUCGCAAUUUCGUUUCUUUUGAAAACAACCUUUCUUCAUAACACAUUCUUUCCUCGGCUGGAUUUGAAAAUCCUCUCUACUGGAGAAACGCAUUUCAACGAGAAAAUAUAACAUACCUAUUUUCAUUUACACCUUUAGCAUGCCUAUCAACGACGAAACAGACUGGUAUCCAGUGCUUCAAUCUGCCAUACUAAAGACUUCCAAGGGAUGUGUGGACACUUCUGAAAAGUAUCCAUCCCCUCGAGGCUUUCAAGUGAAUUCUAACUCUCUCCGGAAAUCUAAUAGGGAUCAAACUUCGUCCGAAAGUUCUGCCAUUGACGUCCGAAAGCAAAACGCCGAAAAGGCCCUUAUAAUGAAAAAAGCAUGGGAGCUUGCGUAUUCUCCACUCAAACAGAUCCCGAUGAAUUUGGUUUUCGCUUACAUGUCAGGUAACUCUUUGCAGAUAUUCAGUAUAAUAACUACCUUCAUGUUGUUCUUGAACCCACUGAAAGCAAUCUCUGCUGCUGGUGAUGCCUUCUCAUCUUUUCGCACCAUCCAUCCCAAUGCCAUGUGGCCACCGAUGAUAGCUUACAUCCUCGCACAAUGUCUGCUAAUGGCUAUUGGUAUUUACAAACUACAGAAAAUGGGUCUAUUACCUACUACAACUAGUGAUUGGCUUGCUUGGGAAAAUCCCAAACAAUUUCUUGGACGCUCGUUUCAUCCUUCAAAAUAAAACAUCUUACUUGUUUGUUAAUUAUUCAUGUCAACUGAGUUUGUUUAUGAUCUGUUGUCUCUUCAGACUUUAUGGAAGGUGUCUUUAAUUCCUAAAUUCCUUCUUAAGCGUCCAAGGUUAAAUUUCAUUACCUUAAACAUUGUUCUAUACAAAGCCCUUUCUUUCUAAUAGGUUGUCUUUUCGUUUUCUUGCUUGGACCGAAACCUGCUUUGUUUAUAGUCUUUUUCAAUGCUAUUUAUUUCUCUCUGAUAUUAACUUUUGGCUUCGCCUUUUUCUUACAUUGGUAAUUUGUCAUUUUCAGCGACUUUCAAUACUGUUCGAUCCUAUAUUCCUAAUACUUUGCAUAAAUGCCGUGGUAUACAAAAAAUGCUUUUCUUAAAACUGUAUGAAGGCUAAAUUUAUAAAUCUUAG